CGAAUAUCGCGCAUGCGCUGAGAGAACAAAAGGCUGGAGCAUCAGCGGCAGGUUAGAAGGGGCAUGGGAAUGUCAAACAUAACAGCACGUCAGUUCUUCUGUGUUUGUCAGGAUGUUUAAGGAGUGACCAGACACUUUGUUUGUAACACCAAUAUUUCUGUUGUUGGUCCUUGGAUAUGAAGAUGUAUCUCAUCCCACCUGGAAAUGCGCUUUGUAUCUGAAAUGAUGUGAAGUUUCCUGUUUCAACUCAGUGAAAUCCACUGGAACUGUGGUGCUGAGAACACACCAGCAUUUGUUCACUAGGGAGCAGUUCUUCAACUGCAUUGAUAGUGUGAGGAAUUCACCAUCUGACAUCUGACUUGAUGAACUGCCAGAAAAUUGACAGCAGGGAGGCAUCAUUCCCUUUUUCUCAGUGUGGGAAGGGAUUCACUCGCUCAACGAUCUGCAGAUUCAUCAGUGAGUUCACAAGGGAGAGAGACAGUUCAAUUGUUCUGUGUAUGGGAUUAGUUCCACUCAGUCAUCUGAUCUUCUGACACACAAGGGAGAGGCUGUAUAUCUGCUCUGAAUGUGGGAAGGGGUUCACGUGGUCAUCCCACCUACAAACACACCAGUCAGUUCACAUUGGGGAGAAGCUAUUCACCUGCUCCGUGUGUGGGGGGGGAUGUAGUCAGUCAUCCAGGCUGAAGAUACGUCAGCAAGUUCACACCACAGACUGCGGGAAGCAAUUCACUCUGUCGGUCAAGCUGAGUAGAUGUGGGAGAAUUCACACCAGUGAGCGGCUGUCCCCCUGCUCCUGUGGAAUGAGGUUCACUCACUCACCUCUCCGCAGACAAGCAGUGAAUUCACAAAUCAGAGAGACUUCAAAUUUUUCAGUCAUCUGAUGUGCUGACACACGAGAGAGAGAGACUGUACAUCUGCUCUGAAUGUGGAGAAGCAUUCCUCAGUCAUCACGCCUACAAACAUACUACUCAGCUCACACUGGGGAGAGGCUGUUCUUCUCUGAAUGUGGCAGGGGAUGCACUCACAGUGACACCAGGCAGAUCACACCGGGGACAGGCCAUUCACCUGCUCAGACUCGAAGAAGGGAUUUACUCGGUCUUACCGCACACACAACCACCAGCCAGUUAACUCUGGAGAAAUGCCGUUCACCUGCUCAGACUGUGGGAAGAGUUUUCCUCACCCAUCUCAUCUGCAAAGGCAUCAGCGAGUUCACACAGGUGAGAGGCCUUUCACCUGCUCAGAAUGUGGGAAGGCAUUCAGUCAGUCGUCCAACUUACAGAAACACCAGUCACUUCACACUGGGGAGAGGCCGUUCACCUGCUCAGAAUGUGGGAAGGGAUUCACUCGGUCAUCUGACCUACUGACACACCAGUCAGUUCACACUGGGGAGAGACCGUACACCUGUUUAGAUUGUGGGAAAGGAUUUACUGAGUCAUCUCAGCUGAAGGUACAUCAGCGAAUUCACACUGGGGAGAAACCAUUCGCCUGCUCUGAAUGUGGGAAGGCAUUUAGUCAGUCAUCCAACCUACGGAAACACCAGUCAGUUCACACUGGAGAGAGACCGUUCACCUGCUCAGAAUGUGGGAAGGGAUUUACUAGGUCAAAUGACCUCCUCGCACACCAGUCAGUUCACACCGGGAAGAUGCCAUUCACCUGCUUAGACUGUGGGAAGGGAUUCACUCGGUCAUCUGACCUGCUGGCUCACCAGUCAGUUCACACUGGGCAGAUGCCAUUCAUCUGCUCAGACUGUGGGAAGGGGUUUCCUCGGUCAUCUCAGCUGAAGGUACAUCAGCAAGUUCACAGCGGGGAGAGGCCGUUCACCUGCUCUGAAUGUGGGAAGGGAUUCACGCAGUCGUCCAACCUACAGACACAUCAGCGAGUUCACAGAGGAGAGAGGCCGUUCACCUGCUCAGACUGUGGGAAGGGCUUCACUCGGUCAUCUGAUCUACUCGCACACCAGUUAGUUCACACUGGGGAGAGACCGUUCACCUGCUCGGUGUGUGGGAAGAGAUUUACUCACUCAUUUCAACUGAAGGUACACCAGCGAGUUCACACUGGGGAGAGGCCGUACACCUGCUCUGAAUGCGGGAAGGGAUUCACCACAUCGUCCAACCUACAGACACAUCAGCGAAUUCACACUGGGGAGAGACCAUUCACCUGCUCUGAAUGUGGGAAGGGAUUCACUCGGUCAUCUGACCUACUAGCACACAAGUCAGUUCACACCGGGGAGAGACCGUUCACCUGCUCAGACUGUGGGAAGGGAUUUACUCAGUCAUUUCAACUGAAGGUACAUCAGCGAGUUCACACCGGGGAGAGGCCGUACGUCUGCUCUGAAUGUGGGAAAGGAUUCACUCUGUCAUCCAACCUGAUGAGACACCAGCGAGUUCACACUGGGGAAAUGCCAUUCACCUGCUUGGACUGUGGGAAGGGAUUUCCUCACCCAUCUCACCUCCAAAUACACCAGCGUACUCACACAGGUGAGAGGCCGUUCACCUGCUCAGAAUGUGGGAAGGCAUUCACUCAGUCGUCCAACCUACUGACACAUCAGCGAGUUCACAGGGGAGAGAGGCCAUUCACCUGCUCAGACUGUGGGAAGGGAUUCGCUAGGUCAGCUGACCUCCUGAUACACCAGUCAGUUCACACUGGAGAGAAGUCGUUCACCUGUUCAGAUUGUGGGAAGGGAUUUCCUCGUUUGUCUCAACUGAAGGUACAUCAGCGAAUUCACACUGGGGAGAGGCCGUUCACUUGCUCAGAAUGUGGGAAGGCGUUCGCUCAGUCAUCCAAUCUACUGACACAUCAGCGAGUUCACAGUGGAAAGAUGAUAUUCACCUGCUCAGACUGUGGGAAGGGAUUCACUCGAUCAUCUGAUUUCCUGGCACACCAGUCAGUUCACACUGGGGAGAUGCCGUUCACCUGUCUGGUUUGUGGGAAGGGGUUUCCUCGAUCGUCUCAAAUGAAGGUGCAUCAGCGAAUUCACACUGGGGAGAAGCCGUUCACCUGCUCAGAAUGUGGGAAGGCAUUCAGUCAGUCAUCCAACCUACAGACACACCAGCGAGUUCACACCGGAAAGAUGGCAUUUACCUGCUCAGACUGUGGGAAGGGUUUCACUCGAUCAUCUCAUCUCCUGGCACAUCAGUCAGUCCACACUGGGGAGAUGCCAUUCACCUGUUCUGAUUGUGGGAAGGGAUUCACUCGGUCGUCUCAACUGACAGUACAUCAGCGAAUUCACAGAGGAGAGAGGCCAUUCACCUGCUCUGAAUGUGGGAAGGGAUUCAUUGGGUCAUCUCAACUACUGGCACACCAGUUAGUUCACACUGGGGAGAGACCAUUCAGCUGCUCAGUGUGUGGGAAGAGAUUUACUCACUCAUUUGAUCUGAAGGUACACCAGCGAGUUCACACUGGGGAGAGGCCAUACACCUGCUCUGAAUGUGGGAAGGGAUUCACCACAUCGUCCAACCUAAAGACACAUCAGCGGGUUCACACUGGGGAGAGACCAUAUGUCUGCUCUGAAUGUGGUAAGGGAUUCACACAGUCAACCAAACUACAGACCCAUCAGCGAGUUCACAGAGGAGAGAGGCCAUUCAUCUGCUCAGACUGCGGGAGGAGAUUUACUCAGUCAUCUCAACUGAAGGUACAUCAGCGAGUUCACACUGGGGAGAGGCCAUUCACCUGCUCUGAAUGUGGGAAGGGAUUCACUCAGUCAUUUGAACUGAAGCUUCAUCAGCGAGUUCACACUGGGGAGAGGCCGUAUGUCUGCCCUGAAUGUGGGAAGGGAUUCACUCUGUCAUCCAACUUGAUACGGCACCAGAGAGUUCACAGGGUUGAGGGGCCGAUCAACUCUUCUGUAUCUGGGAAAUGAGUCACUCACUCACCCAGCCUUGGUAGUGAGUGAACACUAUUGAGUUCACACUGGGGGAAAAAGUUUAAAUUAGCUGCAAACAUUACAGUUGCUCUAUCCGGAGGCAAGUUGAAAUGGGACAGGGGUGUUUGAACCUGCCUGUGGGUGUCAAACUCUGCAAUUAUUGGUGCUGCUCAUUAUCCAAUGCCCCACCCUGGUCACUGGGCUUGGGAGGAGUUUCCUCCACUGAUGUUCACCUGUAAUGGGACUGGAGUUUCAUAUUCUGGAUCUGUGACAAAUAAAUUGUAUU